AGCAGCAAGCAGCCGGAGGAGAACAGCCAGACUGAAAGAAGUGCGUUCAUUUUCUCUGAUCUAAUCCACGCCAAAGCGUCCAGCACCAUGGACAGCUCCAGAGCAGCCCUGUACCUGGGGGUCUUCAUCCUCACGCUCAGCGUCGUCUGCCACGGUCAGGGGUCACUGGACAACCGACUGUCCGCACACGAGGAGCAGCUCGUCACCAGAGACUUGGCUGAAGCUCUCGGAGAACUUCUGGAAGGAGACGAGGACAAUCGGAUAUCACUGGAGAAAAAAGCCAGUGUCAUUCCGAGGUGUGAUAUUGGAGAGCGCUGUGCUCUGAAGCACGGCCCGCGCAUCGGCCGCCUGUGUGACUGCAUGAGAGGAACCGCCUGCAACACCUUCUUCCUGCGCUGCUACUGAACCCGCAGGACUACACUUCCCAUCGGGCACUGCGCGACCACCUUCUCGGUCAUCGUCUUAUUCGUGAAUUUAUAUGGUUGACGUCUUAAACUGUUGUGCUGUUCGUAACCUUGACAUGUAUGUGUGAUUAAGGCAUAGCUACGAUUAAAUGGAUUUAUUUUUGUUUAAUAAAAUGUCGUUAAGGCUCAUUGA